CUGACUCCCUUCAUUAUGGCCUCAGCUUUAUCUCUGGGCAAUAAGUGUGAUCCCUUCCUUCGCCGCGUCCUUUGCAGGGGCGGUGGCGCUCUGCAAGGCCCAAGGGGGCGUGGUCCAGAUGACUUUGGAUCCCAGUUGUCGCCCCCAGGGCCAGCCAGGAGACUGGUCAGAGGCAAACGCGCCUGCGGCAAUCCGCCCGAUGCCUUUGGUCUCUCUCGGGCUUCCGUCCACCCGCCCCUCCCCCGCGUUUCCAUUGGCUGUAGCUCCGGCCCGGGGCGGGCGAAGAGGGAGCGAGUGGGCGGGGCCGUGUGGCGUCAGCGCAAGAUGGCGGCCUCGGCAGCGGUGUUCUCGCGCUUGCGAAGCGGGCUCCGGCUCGGCUCGCGGGGACUGUGCACGAGGUUGGCGACGCCGCCCCGCCGGGCCCCAGAUCAGGCCGCAGAGAUCGGGAGCCGCGGGAGCACUAAGGCACAAGGGCCACAGCAGCAGCCGGGCUCAGAGGGUCCCAGCUAUGCCAAAAAAGUUGCGCUCUGGCUUGCUGGGCUGCUUGGAGCUGGUGGGACUGUGAGCGUCGUCUAUAUCUUUGGAAACAACCCGGUGGACGAAAAUGGUGCCAAGAUUCCUGAUGAGUUCGACAAUGAUCCAAUUCUGGUACAGCAGUUGCGCCGGACAUACAAAUAUUUCAAAGAUUAUAGACAGAUGAUCAUCGAGCCCACCAGCCCUUGCCUUCUCCCAGACCCUCUGCAGGAACCGUACUACCAGCCACCCUACACGCUCGUUUUGGAGCUCACCGGCGUCCUCUUGCAUCCUGAGUGGUCGCUGGCCACUGGCUGGAGGUUUAAGAAGCGCCCGGGCAUCGAGACCUUGUUCCAGCAGCUUGCCCCUUUAUAUGAAAUUGUCAUCUUUACGUCAGAGACUGGCAUGACUGCGUUUCCACUCAUUGAUAGUGUGGACCCCCAUGGCUUCAUCUCCUACCGCCUAUUCCGGGAUGCCACAAGAUACAUGGAUGGACACCAUGUUAAGGAUAUUUCAUGUCUGAAUCGGGACCCAGCUCGAGUAGUAGUUGUGGACUGCAAGAAGGAAGCCUUCCGCCUGCAGCCCUAUAACGGCGUUGCCCUGCGGCCCUGGGACGGCAACUCUGAUGACCGGGUCUUGUUGGAUCUGUCUGCCUUCCUCAAGACCAUUGCACUGAAUGGUGUGGAGGACGUGCGAACCGUGCUGGAGCACUACGCCCUGGAGGAUGACCCACUGGCGGCUUUCAAACAGCGGCAAAGCCGGCUAGAGCAGGAGGAGCAGCAGCGCCUGGCCGAGCUCUCCAAGUCCAACAAGCAGAACCUCUUCCUUGGCUCCCUCACCAGCCGCUUGUGGCCUCGCUCCAAACAGCCCUGAACUCUGGGCCUCCUCAAACUCAGUGCCUGGGUCCAGGGCCCCAGUGCUUCCAGACCAAGACUUGGGCCACCACUUGUCCAAUAAAGUACAUCCCAGACGCCACACCUGCUGUGUCCCGAGAGUCUCCAGAUGGGGGCAUCAGGGUGAGGCCUGGGACUCUUGGGUCAUCGUCCCACAGUGGCUGAUCGGCUGCCAAGCACAGUGGGGGUGCUUUGUUGGAUCAGAGCAGAUUUUUCACCCUGGUCUCGGAAUCUAAAAACCCUCGCUGUGUCUUCCUGUGUGUUGUGUGAUCUGUGAAAAAUACAUCUCCCUCUGACCACAGACUCCCCAUGUGUGGAGAAGGGAAGAGAGGAUGGCACUUGGCUUUAAAGACAGGUAGCUGCCAGGCUACUGUGGAGAGAAUGUGUUAUGGGCCCAGUGGGGCUCUGGUGGACCAGAGAUUACCCCUCUCAACAGGCCAGCUGCUGGUUGGCUCCAGCCAGUGUGGCCCUGGGGUAAAGGGGGACUGGAGUUGCUUGACACGCCAGUUGUUCAAAAGAAGCAAGAACUUGGGUUUUUUUGUUUUUUUUUUUGAGACAGGGUCUCACUGUUGCCUAGGCUGGAGUGCAGUGAUGUGAUCUUAGCUUACUACAGCCUUGACCUCCCGGCUCAAGUGAUCUCUAAGUGACCCUCCUGCCUCAGCCUCCUGAGUACCCUCCUGGGGACUACAGGUGCGUGCUACCAUACCCAGCUAAUUUAAACAAAUUUUUUUUUUGUAGAGAUGGGGUCUUGGUGCCCAAGCUGGUCUCAAACUCCUAGUCUUAAGCAGUCUUCCUGCUUUGGCCUCCCAAAGCGCUAGGAUUACAGGUGUGAGCUACCAUGCCCAGCUAAAAUAGGGGUUUUUACAUUAAAUCUCCCUAUUUUAAAAUGUUGGCUCCUAGCGGGGCGCAGUGGCUCACGCCUGUAAUCCCAGCACUUUGGGAGGCUGAGGCGGGUGGAUCACCUGAGGUCAGGAGUUCGAGACCAGCCUCAACAUGGAGAAACCCCAUCUCUACUAAAAAUAAAAAAUUAGCUGGGCGUGGUGGAGCAUGCCUGUGAUCCCAGCUACUCGGGAGGCUGAGGCAGGAGAAUCGCUUGAACCUGGGAGGUGGAGGUUGUGGUGAGCCAAGAUCACGCCAUUGCACUCCAGCCUGGGCAACAGCAGCGAAACUCUAUCUCAAAAAAUAAAAUAAAAUAAAUAAAUAAAUAAAAUGUUGGCUUCUAACUAAAACAGGCAGAUAUGUAGCAGUGUUCUCCACUGGAACUUUCUGUGAUGUUUGGUUCAUGUUCUAGGUCUGUACUGUCCAGUACAGUAGCCAGUGGCCACAUAAAGGUUUUUUUUUUGUUUUUUGAGACGGAGUUUCGCUCUUAUUGCCCAGGCUGGAGUGCAAUGGCACGACGUCGGCUCACCACAACCUCCGCCUCCCGGGUUCAAGCAGUGCUCCCGCCUCAACCUACCAAGUAGCUGAGAUUACAGGCGCACACCACCACGCCCGGCUAAUUUUUGUAUUUUUUUAGUAGAGACAGGGUUUCACCAUGUUGGUUGGCUGGUCUCGAACUCCUGACCUCGUGAUCCGCCCGCCUCGGCCUCCCAAAGUGCUGGGAUUACAGGCAUGAGCCACCAUGCCUGGCCCCACAUAAAGUUUCUGAGCGCUUGAAAUGUAGCUAGUGUGACUGAGAAACUGAAUUUUUAAUUUUGUUUUAGACUGGGCACAGUGGCUCACGCCUGUAAUCCCGACACUUUGGGAGGCCGAAGCAGGAGGAUUGCUUGAAUCCAGGAGUACGAGACCACCCUAGGCAACAUGGUGAAAUCCUGUCUCUAAAAAAAAAAACAAAAUAAUGAGCCCAGCGAGGUUAUGUGUACCUGUAGUCCCAGCUACGUGAGAGGCUGAGAUGGGAGGAAUCCCUUGAGCCAAGGAGGUCGUGCGUGGCUGUGAUGAGCUGUGAUCGUGCCACUAAAUUCUAGCCUGGGCGACAGUGAGACCCUGUCUCAAAAAAAAAAACCCAAAAAACUUAAGAUUUUUUUCUGGAGUCAGGGUCUCGCUCUGUUGCCCAGGCUGGAGCACAGUGGUGUAACUAUAUAUAGCUCACUGCAGUGUUGAACUUCUGGGCUCAAACAAUCUUCCUGCCUUGGCCUCCCCAAAUGCUGAGAUUACAGGAGUGAGCCACUCUGCCCAGCUACUUUUAAUUAAAUAGCCACAUGUGUCUCCUGUAUUGAAGUGCCACUGUGUAUUAAGAGUAUGAGUCCCAGAUUGUGUAAGUUCAAAUCCAAGCUCUACCACUUCUCGGCUGGCUUGUGAUCCUGUGCAAGUUACUUUACCUCUCAGUGCCUCGGUUUCUACAUUUAUAAAAUAAUAACUGGGCAGGCACAGUGGCUCAUGCCUGUCAUCCCAACACUUCAGGAGGCCGAGGUGGGAGGAUCGCCUGAGGCCAGGAGUUGGAGAGCAGCCUGGGCAACAUGGGAAGACCCUGUCUCUUGGGGGGGGGGUGGAAAAAAGUUCUUGUCUCAUAGGCUAGCUUUGGGGACCAAAUGAAGCACUGCCAUGUAGGCACUCAAAUGGAACUAUGUAAACCUUAGGCAAGGCACCUCUGCCUCAGUUUCCUCAUCUCUAAAAUGGGGUGAUGGUAGUAUGUUAGCAGAGUGAUUGUGAGGAGUGAACGGGACAGUCCGUAUGCGGGUUAUAUGUAUAUAUUCCCAGGUGCUUGCUGUUACCAGGCCAUAUGGGUUAUUCACAGAUUGAAAUAUCUUAGCUGGGCACGGUGGCUCACCCCUAUAAUCCCAUCACUUUGGGAGGCCGAGGCAGGUGGAUCACCUGAGGUCAGGAGUUCGAGACCAGCCUGGCCAACAUGGUGAAACCCUGUCUCUACUAAAAAAAUACAAAUAAAUUAGCUGGGCAUGGUGGUGGGUGCCUGUAAUCAGCUACUUGGGAGGCUGACGCAGGAUAAUCGAUUAAACCCGGGAGGCAGAGGUUGCAGUGAGCCGAGAUCACACCAUUGCACUCCAGCCUGGGCGACAGAGUAAGACUCUGUCUCAAAAAAAAAAAAAAAAAAAACCAGUUUGACUUUAUCUCCCUCGCCCUGCCUCCAUCCCCACAUUGCUCCCCACUGUCCCAGUCUCUCCUACUCCGGCCUUCAUCUAGUGCUAAUACUGAUUAAAUAUUCUAAGAUGA